AUGCUUGCGAUCGCCAUUAUGGCAUUCAUCGGACUCAGCACCAUAAUUGGCCUUGCCACGAUCUUCGUCGUGAAAGGUGACCAUAAGAACUUCUUCGUUGCAGGGCGGAACUUGCCACUUUUCGUGGUGGUCGCGACGCUGGGCAGCCAGUGUUUUGACGCUUCGUCUGCUUUGGGCAACCUAGAUUUGGGAUACACCUACCACUGGUGGGAUGGGGGUGCGUUCCCUAUUGGCUUGGGCAUCUCGCUUCUCCUGAAUGGCAUAUUCUUCGCGAAGCCGCUCAACGAGAUGAAGCUGCUGACGCUCCCGGACGUCUUCCACUACAAGUUCGGGCCAGCCACAGAGAUGGUGGCUUCCAUUGGGUUGGCUGAUCUUUUCUGUUCUUGCUGGCAGGUAACCUCGUCGGUUGUGGCAAGAUUGUGUCGUUCUUGUUCGACAUAG